AUGCUGGCAGAUGAAGAUCUGGAUUUCGAUUACGGAUCCAUUAAAGAUAUUCUCCAGAACGACUCAAAUGCGUUUUUGAAAGGUGUAAAGAAUACUGACGUCGAUUGGUUUUUGCGUGACACUGCAAUCAACCCACCUAAUGGGUCUAGUAAUGCAGCGGAGACCACGAAAACCACAGAUUCUAGACGUUCCAGCAGCGAAAAAUCAUCACAAUCUUCAUCGUCUAAACUGACUCCUCUGAAACUACUGCGUACUUCCAGCUUGGAACCUGGAUCGCAACUCCAAACCUCGAUUUCUAAUACCAAUGAGACGGUUCUGAGUAAGACAAAACCGUCUGUGGCCACAAUCCAUGAAGAGGGCUCACCAACAUUGACAUCUUACCGCCGAUCAUCACUGAGUGCACCUUUAGCAUCGAGCACGAGUCGAAGAAGCAGCAAUGCCAGUAUGAACAGCACUGGGAGCUCAGCGUCUUCAAAGGGUGGUCGUCUAUUUUCCAAGUUGAAAGGCAAGUUUUCGUCGGUUCAUAAAGAAUUACUGCCCCCAACUUCACUGCCCCCAGCAUCUCCUCCACCUAUACCCACAGCUCCUUCUGAUUCGGUAUUCAAGGAGAACUACAGCCUAUCCACAAGAGAAAGAAGCUCCACAACCACAUCACACCUGUCAGCACCAGGUACCGCAGUUAAACCCUCACAGGAACCGCCGUCUACACCCAGUUCCAACACAGACGAUCCCAGACUCGAAGAGUAUAUCAAAUUCUACAAACAAGAAAAGCUCCACCCCCCUCCCUGCUGCGCAGGAAAGGCUGAAAAAGAAUGCACAGACCACCAUCAUGGUGCUCUUCUCAACAGCAACGAACCUUCACCAAUCAACAUGUCCGCUUUUAGCGGUACAUCUUCAGAACAACCAAAUGCCGCUGGAAGAUUGACCUCUUUUCUUCGCCGGCGAAGCUCGGUUGCGCCUGGUGUCCCCGACAGAGCUAGACGUAUGUCUGAAACCAACGCUACUAUAGCGUCUCUGUCACCGUCUCCCUCAGUCCAUCAGCGGGCCCCUGCACCUCCCCAGGAAUUUGCCGGUUUAAAACCACUAAAGUCGGUGGCAUUUCAUUCGCUGACAUUUCUCAUGGACCCUCCUCAACAGAUACCUUCACGUAACCCUCGCAAGGGUAAUGUCGAGAUUCUUCCCAAUGGAUCGUACCGCAUUCAUCCUUUGUCUGAAGAGGACAAAGCUGCAAUUGAAAAAUCGCUAAUGGGUCGAGGAGGAGGUAUUGUGGUUGGAGGCUCUGGCGCAUUAAGUGUCAAAAAGCCCCACCAAGAAGUCGAUGAAAAGACUGACACCACGAAAGAGUCGGCUAAUGAUGUGGAUAUCAGCCAGCAUGCCAAGAAGCUAGGCGUCGACAAACCAAUGAUAUCUCAUCUGCAACACAGGUAUCAGCUGCCAGUAGAAAAAAUGGCCCUCGAUGUUAUGUAUACGAGGUGCUGUCACCUAAGAGAGAUCCUACCGAUUCCAGCAAUAAUGAAGCAAAUCCCCAAGGGCUCUAUGGCCCCUAUUCCUGUUUUACAAAUGAAAAACCCCACUCCCACCAUGGUCGAAGUGUUGACCUUUGCAGAUUUUAUUCGCAUUGCCCCCAUCAUAUGCGUCUCCUUGGAUGGUGUGUCUUUGUCACUAGAGCAAUUCAAAAUCCUUUUAAGUGCAAUGAGUGCGAAGAAACAGCUUGAAAAGUUAAGUUUAAGAAACACUCCUAUCGACCACGAAGGGUGGCUGCUUUUCUGCUGGUUUUUAUCCAGAAACAAGGAACUUAACAAACUUGACAUCACUCAAUGUCCCUCCUUGUCUGUGAACAUUCUUAAGAAAACCAAGCGGAAACCAUCUACCUCCGACAGCAAGACGAAGAAGGAACCCGAAAUUAAAAGAAUGGAAUGCAACAAAGAGAACCGUUCCGACAUGGAUUGGUCUUUAUUCACAGCUACGAUAGUUGCAAGAAGUGGAAUUGAGGAAAUAAUUUUAACGGGUUGUUGCAUAACAGACUUUGAAGUGUUUGAGAAAUUCAUAAAAUUGGCCGUUCUGAUCAAGACCAACAGACUUGGACUUGCUUACAAUAAACUCAGUGCGAAGCAAUUGCGAGUCAUUGUUGACUGCUGGCUCUUUGAAAAAUUCGUUCGUGGAAUUGAUCUAGGCUAUAAUGACUUACUGUCUUUGACUCAUUUGAACAUCUUUCUCGAGCAGCAACGCAAGCCUGAUUUUGAGAAAAAGAUUGCUGACUCGCAGCUUACUUUCUUGAGUUUGAAUGCCACGAACCUUCGCUUUUCGGAUACAUUCAAAGAAACACUCGAAUCAGUAUUAAUGAGACUCCCCAAUUUGAAGUAUCUUGAUCUUUCAAAUAAUUCUAGAUUGUUCGGCAAUCCUCACUCAAGCCAAGCUGAAGAAGAAGUCGCAACAGAGGAAGAAGAAAAUGAAACUCAAAGUGAAAUCGUUGCUUAUAUGUCUUCAAAGUUCCCUCUAUUCCCCAAGUUGGUUCGAUUACAUCUUGAGCAUAAUGAGCUCUCGCCGCAUUCAUUGUCAACGAUUGCUAACAUUUUGCCCUUCUGCAAGAACUUGGGCUACUUUUCAAUUUUGGGCAAUAGACUUGAUCUCACAACUAUGACUACAUUCUUGCAGGCGGUCAAAAACUCCAAGACUUUGAUUACUUUAGACUGUGACCUUGAUGAGUUUCCUUUGGUUAUCAAAGAACGCUUAGGUUUGUACUCCAUGAGAAAUAUGGAGCGUCUAUUGUAUAGUCUGGCUGGUGGUGAAAAGGCAAUAGCCGACAUUUCCCAAGUUCCAAAGGUUUCGAUGAACGAUAUCGAAAAUGGAGAAUCACAAGUCAGUCUCACGGAACAACUCAACGAUAUUCUUUCCUUGAAGGCACAACACAAGGCUAGCUUGGACAACCCUGUUGUGAAAGAUUUUGUCAAGAGAGCCAUGAAUAUCAAAAAGCAAUUGCGGAUGACUAUCGAGGAACUACUCAAAUUACAAUUGAGGAAAGAAUUGAGCAUGGAUGGAAAGGAAACACUUAUUCGAUUUGUCUUUCUUGAAUCCUCCAUUAAUAAGGGUCUUCAAAUGAUAGAUCCAUCACUAGCUGACGACCAAUCUCCAAAUAUGAAGUUGAUGGGUCAAAGUGAAGAUGAAAAUAAUAAAUACUAUAUUGACGAGGCAGAGAGAGACGCCAAUGAUGUCCAAGAACAGUUGAAAGUGCAACGAGGCAAUCCAACCGAACUAAACAUCGGAAAAUCACCUGUGAAUAUGUCGAGGACAUCUUCUCGUACCAGUCUUAAUCAGCUUGAUAAAGAGGAGGGCUCCAUGAUGAAGUUACUGUCAUUGCUGAAAUUCCAUACUUUCCACAAGGAAGAUCCUAGUAUAUCCGGAGAAGAAAUCAGGAGAAAGCUCAGAAACGUCGACUUGGCCGAUUUGGAUGAGGUGAUCAAGUACUUGAGUAGUUUGAAAGAGAAAGGUAUAACAGUGCAGAACGUUUUCAACUUGAAUCAUGAUGUCGAUGGUGAGGACAAAUCGUUAGAUUCCGAUGAUGCCAUAGACUUUGAGGUUAUCAAGCAGAAGCUUAAGAAGAUAGCUGACAACAAGCAUGAAGAAGAAACCAACGGGCAAGAAAACGAAGGUGACAAGCAGUCGCCUGGUCAAGACGAUACAAAUGAAGGUGGUAAUUCGAACGGCAAAUAUGGUAGCGAUGACAAUUCACUUGAGUCUUCCGCCCCAGCCUUGGAGAAGAUUAAUAGCCCCGAAUAUGGCGAACGACUCAAUAAGUUAUAUGACGAAGUGGUGAACGAUAUUACGAAAUUAGAUAGCCAUACUGAAUAA